CUCCGCCGCCGCAAGUCUCCUGUCUCGCCUCGGAAGCGGUAAAAAUUUCUUGUCUCCUACCAUCAUGGCCUCUCCCGUCGUGGACGAAGCUCAGGCAAACUGGCGUGUUGCCGACGAUAAGACAUUGGUGUCUACCAGAGUCGGCGAUGAACCUAACGGUGGAUCUCUUCUCCCCAGUGAUCAUCACCCUGGCCAGGGACCGGAGGCUGCAGACUACAAGCGGGGUUCCAGCACAGACCCCGUCGUCUCCGGUUCUAGCAUAAAGGGCGACCCUAUGUUUCGCGAAAAGCAAGUGAAGGUGCUUAGGUCUUUCUUGUCUAUUGCUUCACCGAACAAAGUCUAUAUCGGAGGUCUUCCCGAAAAUACGCGUCAAGAGGAUUUGCAAGGAUGUUUCGGGAAAAUCGGUAACAUAGUUAACAUAGAGCUCAAAAUUGGCUAUGGUUUCGUGGAAUUUGACAACCGUGAGGCAGCCGAAGAAAGCGUUGCAAAAUACAACGAGGGCUACUUCAUGGGCAACAAGAUUCGCGUCGAGCUGUCUCAUGGCGGCGGUAGGACGGCAAAAUACUCAAGUGAUCCCGGAGCUUGUUUCAGGUGUGGGCAGAUGGGUCAUUGGGCGAGAGAAUGCCCCAUUGCGGGACCCCCUCCGCCUCGUCGCCCCAAUGAGCCCCCCUUGAUUGAACGUAUUCAGCGUGAUCAUGCUCCGCCUAUUCCUCGCGACGCGCGCUAUGACUACCCGCCUCCUGCGCGUGACUACAGGCGACCCCCAUCUCCUGUCAGGGACUAUCGUGAAUAUCCACCUCCACCUAGUCGGUAUGACGACUACAGACGCCCUCCCCCAAUGAUGGAGCGCGACCGCUAUCUUGACAGGGGCCGCUAUCCUCCCGAGGCUGCUUACCGUGGACCCAUUCCUCCGCCUGCCUAUGGCUACGAUCGCUAUGACAAAAAGGCGGAGCGGUAUUCCUAUCCUCCCCCUCCAAGUGGACGUCCCAGAACUCCUCCUAGGUAUCGAGAAGACUUUGAUCGGAUGCCUCGUGACUAUCCGGAUUACCGCGGUCGCCCUGUCACGCCGCCUCGGUUUGCUGAUUAUCCUCGAGGUGCAACACCUGAGACUAGAUUUAGGCGUCGUUCUGAAAGUCCCGCUGGCCGCUCUUCUGGUGCCUACGAGUAUGCUCCUGGACCUGACGGUAACUAUCCGGCUACACCUCCUGGGCCACCUCCUCGCAGGGAAUAUCCUCCUCGCAGUCGUGAAGCUGUCGAAGUUUAUAGAAGAUGAAAAUCUCGUUCGAAAUACUUGUUGCCGCGGCUGAAGCUUGGUUGAUAACUCCCCGCUGUUUUCAUGACGACUUGGCAUUGUAUAAUGCUCGUGUACUGCUUUGUCUAUCUAUAUACACUCUAUUUUCAAUUCCUUAUGAAGUAUAGGUACUCGUACAGAACGGCAUUCAAAGCGUACUCUUUUUGCCUUCUGCCAUGGCAUACAGCGUUUCUCUGUCGUUCGACUCAUUUACCAUUGCUCGUAGACGCCCAUUCUCCUUCAAUAAUGCAGAGGGGCUGUCGUAUUCGACCUUCAGAACAUCAGCAUACUGAACUGGGCCUAAGUCACGAGAAGGUGGCUUACAAUGUUACCAGCAUCGAGGACGAGCUGCAAAGGUGUAACCA